UCUCUUAUCGGCGGUAGCCAAAAGUGUCUUGGCGGAACGUCGGGGAAAAGGCUGUCAUUUAAAACGGACGGGAUAUUUUACUGAUACCAGCUUCAGCACCUGUGAAUAAAGCACAGCUGUUUUCGCAUUUUUGGUGCAUUUUUCAUUUUGCUAGCCACCAGACGGCGGGUGUCGUUCAAUCGCUGGGCGUCGACUUAAGCAUCAAUCUCGCGGUUUGUGGUUGAGUAGCGGCGAACAAUACACAGUCCGCAAUAACCGUCGAUAUGUCCGGAUACCAGGGCAAAAAGAACAUUCCUCGCAUCACUAGUGAUCGUCUUCUUAUCAAAGGGGCGAAGAUUGUGAAUGAUGAUCAAUCCUUUCAUUCUGACAUCUAUAUGGAGGAUGGAGUUAUUAAGCAAAUUGGGGAGAACCUCAUUGUUCCUGGUGGGGUGAAGACCAUUGAUGCCCAUGGCAGGAUGCUGAUCCCCGGUGGCAUUGAUGUGCACACCCGCUUCCAGAUGCCUGACCGGGGCAUGACAGCUGCUGAUGACUUUUACCAGGGCACUCGUGCUGCUCUUGCUGGGGGCACCACAAUGAUCAUUGACCAUGUGGUGCCAGAGCCAGGCGUUAGCCUUCUAGCCGCAUUUAACCAGUGGAGGGAAUGGGCAGACAACAAGUCGUGCUGUGAUUACUCACUCCAUGUGGAUCUCACUGAGUGGCACAAAGGCAUGCAGGAGGAGAUGGAGACCCUGGUGAAGGACCAUGGUGUCAACUCAUUUCUGGUCUAUUUGGCCUACAAGGAUGCUUUUCAGCUCAAUGAUUCCCAGAUGUAUGAGGUGUUCAGUGUGAUUCGAGAUAUGGGAGCCAUUGCUCAAGUGCAUGCUGAGAACGGGGAUAUUAUUGCUGAGGAGCAGAAAAGAAUCCUGGAGUUGGGCAUCACUGGACCAGAGGGUCAUGUUCUCAGUCGCCCAGAAGAGGUGGAAGCUGAGGCAGUCAAUCGUGCAGUCACAGUGGCCAAUCAAACCAACUGCCCCUUAUACGUAACCAAGGUGAUGAGCAAGAGUGCUGCUGAUGUCAUUGCUCAGGCCAGGAAAAAAGGUACUGUGGUGUACGGGGAGCCGAUCUCUGCUAGUCUGGGCACUGAUGGCACUCACUACUGGAGCAAGAACUGGGCCAAGGCUGCUGCCUACGUGACAUCCCCACCUUUGAGCCCCGAUCCCACCACCCCUGACUAUCUUAACUCUCUGCUCUCCUGUGGUGAUCUGCAGGUAACUGGCAGUGCUCACUGUACCUUUAAUACCUCUCAGCGUGCUGUGGGCAAGGACAACUUCACCCUCAUCCCAGAGGGCACCAAUGGCACUGAGGAGAGGAUGUCCAUUAUCUGGGACAAGUGUGUGGUGACUGGGAAGAUGGACGAGAAUCAGUUUGUGGCUGUGACGAGCACCAACGCAGCCAAGAUUUUUAACCUGUACCCACGUAAAGGGCGCAUCGCUGUGGGCUCUGACGCUGACUUGGUGCUAUGGGACCCUGAUGUCACUAAGAUCAUCUCUGCCAAGAGCCACAACUUGGCAGUUGAAUAUAAUAUCUUCGAGGGUGUGGAGGUACGUGGUGGUCCCAUAGUGGUGAUCAGUCAGGGUAAGAUUGUUCUGGAGGAUGGAAACCUCCACACUACCGAGGGAUCAGGGCGUUACAUAGCCCGCAAAACCUUCCCUGACUAUGUUUACAAGAGGAUAAAGGCUCGCAGCAGGCUUGCCGAGCUGCGGGGCGUGCCGCGUGGCCUUUACGAUGGUCCAGUGUGUGAGGUCACCGUGACACCUAAAAUAUUAUCCCCUGUGACCUCUAACCAGACAUCUUCAGCCAAGCCCACCCCUCAACCUAUUCGUAAUCUGCAUCAGUCUGGAUUCAGUCUGUCUGGAGCUCAAAUUGAUGACAACGUUCCUCGACGCACCACUCAGCGCAUUGUAGCUCCCCCUGGUGGCAGGGCAAACAUCACCAGCCUGGGUUAAAGAACACACUUCCCCAGACCUGAAAGAAAGGGGUGGCAGGGAUCCAAGGGACCUUGCUCUGGUUUAACACUUCUACUAGUGACAUCCCUACCAGACCCCUAAAGUACAAUGUCAGUAUGACAACAACCUCACCCACAAAUUCAUUGGUAUUCUACUUAAAAAGAAAUAUGGUCAAGGCAUUAUUGUAUUGUCCAACCUUAUCUUUAAAAUACUAUUGUUUUUUUGUUGUUGUUGUACUACUGGUUUUUUCCUUGUAGGAAGAGUAAUGUGAAUCUAAGCUACAUUUGUAUUGUUUUAUUGUUGCACAUAAAUAAUGUAAGUGACGGAGCAAAAUUCAUCAUGUUUAGAGUCAUCCUUCAGUCAUUUUUAAUAACUUAACACAUUGUUAAUACAUUGGCCAUCGUCUUUGGGACAUUUUCUCAUUUUUAAAGGAAAUUUGGUAAUUAGGUGUGGCAUUCUGAUGUCUUUCAUUUCAGAUUGGUGUAUUUUUUUUUUUUUUUGUGCACCCACCAUAAAUCACUUCAUAAAAAAAAAACAUUAAUGUAUUUUUACACUUUUUGUCUUUCAAGUUAAUUUAAUCAGAUCUAGGGUUAGAUCAUUUAUGUUCUCUGAAUAGUGAGGGUUUUACUACACACAUAAAAAUGAACAAUGCUUGGCUAAAGGGAGUAAAAGAAUCUGGAUCCCUUUGGAUCACUUUUUCACCCAGAUCUGUUUGUCCAUGAGUAAGGUAUACUGGCAAAAGUCUUUAUCCCAAAAAUAAUGGUUUAUUAUCUACCAGUAUUCUCCAAGCUCCCUCUGUCCUUUACAUUGCUUUAUCCUUCUGAUCUUAACUGUAUGGUCAUUUGAUGCUUUCUUAGUGACCAUAGUGAUCAUCUGGCAUGUGUAGAAUUAAUCCUGUGGAAAUAUGGUGGUGUUUUUUUUUCCCAGUAACUUUUUUUUUAUGUCGGAUUCACUUGCCUGCUUGUUUCUUAGAUGGUUCUUACUGUCUGUAAGUAUUGUUAUAAAUAACUUUAUCAUAAUGAAUUUCUCAUGAAAGAAAUGUGUACAGAGUUUGUCCAUCUGCUUUAUUCCAUCCAUAGUAUAAAAUUUUAAUGACCAUAGGCCACCAAAGCCACAAAUGUGAUACUAAGCUGAUUCCUUAAUUUGUGGUAGAUGUUUAAGGUCAUAGAAGUAUACACAGACCUACAUCAAUAAUCAAUAUCCUUAAAACACUGUUGUAUAGCAUUAAUCCAUACUUUGAUGUUCACAGUCCUCUUAUAGUGAUGGGAAUGUAGAACUGUGGUGGAAGAUGUGCAAGUUAGGUGCCAGUACCAUACAAAUACAAUAUUUCUAUACUUUACCCUUGCAACAGCAAAAUUUCCGCAAGUUGCGAUGUGUGGAUUGCAAAGAAGAAAGACUAUUUUGUUGUCUUUAGUUUCAUUUUUAUGACUUGUUGCCCUUGUCAUGCAUUGUGGAAAGUAAAAAUUGUUGACGGUGUAUGUUUUGAAGGCUACUGGGAACUGCAAAAGUUUUCUUUUUCACUCAGAAAGCUUUGCGUUCCAUAUGUGUUUAAUGAAAUGAUUUUAAGUAUUAAAAAUGCAACAAAAUUUUAA